UCGGCGGCUCCGGCAGCUAGAGCGUCCCUCCUACCCGGACCCGCGUGUGACCUUCCCGCCCGCGGAGCGAUGCUGCCGGCGGCCGCUCUCCCCCUCUGGGGGCCGUGUCUCGGUCUUCGGGGUGCCGUGCUCCGUUUUGCCAGGCAACAGGUGCCACGAGUCUGCACUGUGCGGCUGAUGAGAUGCAGCAGUCAUCGAAAGGGGGAGGCCCUCGCCGGCGCACCCCUAGAUAACGCCCCCAAGGAGUACCCCCCCAAGAUCCAGCAGCUGGUCCAGGACAUUGCCAGCCUCACGCUCCUGGAGAUCUCAGACCUCAACGAGCUCCUGAAGAAAACGUUGAAGAUCCAGGAUGUGGGGCUCAUGCCGAUGGGUGGCAUGAUGCCUGGUACUGCCCCUGCUGCGGCAGCUCCUGAGGUAGUAGAAGAAGACAUCCCCAAACAAAAAGAACAGACACAUUUCACUGUCCGCCUGACAGAGGCAAAGCCGGUGGACAAAGUGAAGCUGAUCAAGGAAAUCAAGAACUACGUCCAGGGCAUAAACCUCGUGCAGGCAAAGAAGCUGGUGGAGUCCCUGCCCCAGGAAAUCAAAGCCAACGUCGCCAAGGCCGAGGCAGAGAAGAUCAAGGCAGCUCUGGAGGCAGUGGGCGGCACCGUGGUCCUGGAGUAGCAGGCCAGUGCUGAGGACUCGUGGACAGGGGUCCCUGGGACCCGGGCAAGGCCCUGCCGGCUCCACCCACACCCAGGCUCAGGGGAUGGGCGCCUCGGAGCAGAACUCCACACCGCCACCGCGUGGCAGCCUGGUUCUGGGACAGGCAUGGACCUGCUGGGACUGGAGGGGCGGCCGCUGCCUGUGGGCACCGGGCGGACUCUGGGCCGUGCCCGAGUGCACCGCGCGCCCCCUGGUGGCCGCUGAGAAAAUACAUGGUUUGGGCCGUGUAUACGCAGUGCUCUGUCCGGCGGGCCGCGGGAUGGGCGAGGGUCUGCCGGCGCUCAUCAGGGUCCUCUGAGACCUCACAGCUGGCGGCAUUUCCCCAUCGUGCCUGACAGCUGGCAGCUGCCCCGUAGCUGAUG